AAAUUUGUAAUUUGCUCCACAUAUACAAGAUCGGUAGAAAUAAAUUUUAUCUCAUUUUCUUAAAUAUUAAUUCGCUUAAAUUCAAAAUCCUUUGAUGUUCAAUCAUAUCUUUAAAAGUUUUAUCUUUUAAUAAAAAAAAUUAAACUUAAAUAUAUUAUAAAAUUCAAACAGGAUAACACUAAAAUAGGAUUAUGAUUAAGAAUUUAAGAUUAGGAUUUAAGAGGGGAGGGGAAGACUUAUCCGGUUCUUUUUCAAAAACCAAAAAAGAAAAUAAACGGAACGGAGACUCUCCCGCCCCAAACGCAUAUCUUCUCGUUCUUCUACCAACUCGUCUUCCCAUUCAAUCACUUCAUCUUCUUGCUGCUAACUGCUAAGGAUAGCUUCUGCUUUUAACACUUCAGGUAUGGAUUUAGUUAAUCUGUACAUGAUCUUAGAUUGUGCAUUUACAACGCCUUCUUUACAUAAUUACUACAUCCUUUUUUUUCUUUCAGAAAAUUGUGAUUGUUUUAUAAUGACGGCCGGUAUUUGUGAGGUUGGAAUUGAGAAUGGUAAAGUUUUUUCCGGUGAUUCCUCAUUUGAGAUUGUUGGUGGGAGUGAUGAGGUGAUCGGUGGUGGUGGGAGAAUGGUUGAAUGCUCUGCCUUGGGGACUAAUUGCAUUGUUUUUGGGUCUGCAAUUGCAAAUGAUGGUGAGGUGGAACGCAUUAACGAAGAAGUGAACAGCAAUAAAAGUUCGACUGUAAAUCAACUUGUAAGGCUGAAGAGUGGUGUCCUGUCUAACGACUCUGUGAACAUUCAUCUAGACGUGAGCCAUGGCGAGAUUGGGCAAGUCUCUGCAACAACCUGUGAAGUGGAGAAGUUAAAUGGUUUUGAAGACUUGGGUGAUGCAGUCUUGACAGUUAAAUACUCGGGUUCUGUAGUCAAGACAGUUGAAGACUCGAGCGAUAAGGUCCAGCCAGUUGAAGACUCGGGUUAUAUAGUCAAGAUAGUUGAAGACUCGGGUGAUGUGGUCCAGACAGUAGAUGUUUUCAAGCCAUUAGACUCAUGUGAUGUUUUCAAGCCAUUAGACUCAUGUGAUGUGGUCCAGACAGGAGAAGACCCAUGUGAUGUGGUCCAGGGAGUUGUAGACCCGGGUGAUGUGGUCCAAACAGUAGAUGUUUUUAAGCCAGUAGACUCAUAUGAUGUGGUCCAGACAGUAGAAUACUCGGGUGAUGUGGUCCAGGCAGUUGUGGACUCGACAGUAGAAGACUCAUGUGAUGUGGUCCAGGCAGUUAUGGACUCGAGUGAUGUUGUCCAGGUAGUUGAGGACUCGGGUGAUGUGGUCCAGCCAGUUGAAGACUCAUGUGAUGUGGUCCAGACAGUUGAAGACUCAUGUGUUGUGGUCCACACAGUUGUGGACUCGGGUGAUGUGGUCCACACAGUUGAAGACUCGGGUGAUGUAAUCGAGCUAGUUCAAGACUUGGGUUUUGCUAAUGAUCCAAUUGAGAAUGAGGAUAUUGAAGUGACAGUUGUUGAAGAUGAAGCUCAACUGCCAAAAAUUGUUGGUGAGGAUGCCAAGUCAGGGGAGCAAGGGAAAGGUAAUCCAGAAUUCAUAAUAGAAGAUAUUAAAUUUGUUGAAUUAGAUGUUAAAUCUGAGAAUUCGAACAAGGAGAAUGUUGAAAUCAUUGAUGACAAUAUUGAAUCUCAAAUUGUGGUUAUUGAUGGUGUUCAAAAUCCUUGCAACCAAGAUGCUGAUAGUGAGGUGCAACAGCUAUCGGAAAUUGAUGAUAAUAAGGAAUCUAAUGUUGAAGAUACUCCAAACUCAGAUGAUAUAACACAAUUAGUUAUGGCUGAACAUGAACAGGAGAUAGAAGCCAACAAUUAUCCAAUCACAUAUCAUACUACAAUUUCACAGGUAGAUAUUAAUUUUCCUGAUGUCAAUGAUGAAAAACAAACAGAAGAAUUUGAAGUUAAGGAAGCUCCGAUCCCUAUAUUAAUCUUUCCUGAUUCAUUAGUGAGCCCAGAUAUAACGAUUCAGUUUGGCUCAUUCAGUCUUCAUAAUAAGGAUCAAAAUCAGGAGACUGAACACACAUGCAAUGCCAACAGUAAUAUUCUUGAAAUAGUUCUUGAUGAUUUACAAGGAAACAUAAGUGUUGACAAGGUAGUCAGAGAUAUGGAUGACAUAGUUCCAAUAUUUUUUGGGGAGGCUUCAAGUGAGUUUAUUAAUCUUCAAAUUGAAGACGCUGAUAGCAAGAUACACAUAAUGGAGGAUAUGAUACACCAUGAACCAUUUGGCUUAAAAGAUGAGAAUCAAUUCAUUUGCGAAAUCAAACAAUCAAAGAGUUAUGUUUCAAAUAUGGGAAUCCAUGAUGAAACUCAACAUGCCUUAAACCAGAAAAGGGAGAUAGAGGAGCACCUGAAGGGUUCAGCAAAAGAAAUCAACUCAUUAGAAGAUAAUGUAUCAAAACUUGAACCCGAAGUGGCGGAUUUAGAAGUAAAGAAAACACAUGAAGAAAAUGAAAAAGAAAAAGAAGUACAAAUUCCAUUCCAAUCUGAGGAUAAACCAAAAUCCAUUUCAGUGUUUUCAACGGUUGAACGUAAAAAAAAGAAGACGAAACACACUCACACUGAUUAUCAAAUUGUAGGGAAAGUAGCUGGGAAAUUUAAUCAUAAAAUUAAAACCAAGGAACCUGUAAAAAUAAUAAUAAGAGAUUCAAUAUAUGCUUGUUUGAAUGAGAUACAAGAGCAUGAGGAUGAAGAAAAGGAAAAAACCUUGGUGGGGUUUGACAAUAAGUCGGAUAAGUUAAGGAAAGAAGAAACUGAACGCAAGUUAAAAGAGCAAAUUCAAUUGGAGAAGGUGAGAGAAAAAAGGUUAAGAAAAAAAGAAGGGAAGAAGAUAAGUGGCAACAACUGCAGCAGUAUGAACAAGGAAAUUGAGACACAGGAGACAAAACCAACACCACAUUUGUCAAAGCAGUUGAAACCAAAAACCUUCUUCGCUUUGGCUGUUACUUUAAUUUUAAUCUUUUUUAGCUACUUUAUAAACUAAAAUAUUUUCUUAGUCUUUUAUAAUUUUUUUUAGAUAGAUUUUGAGUUUUGAGAUUGUACGGUGGUUUCUAGUCUGCACAUAUGGUUAUGGUUAUUGACUUAUUGGUUAAAGAAAUAUUCUCUAAAUUUUUAGUCUCUUUCAUGGGAA